AUGGCCGGCACCCGCUCGCAGACUGGCAACGCCCGCCCACGCGUCUUCCAGACCGUGGACACGGAGCCCACGAUCCGUCGCAAGCCUGGCACGACGACGGGCCGCAAGGCCAAGGGGGCGGCGGCCGCGCCCGCCGUGGGGACGACACCGGCGCGCGGCGCGGGCGUGACCAAGAAGAAGACGACGCCGGCGAAAAAGACGGGCGGCGUCGCGGCCAAGGCCAAGGUCGCCGCCAACAAGGUGGAGAAGAAGGCGGCGGGCGCCACGAGGGCGGCGACAAAGCGACGAGCGUCGAUGCCAUUGUGGUUGUCAGGGUUUGGGCAUGUUUGUGAUUUGGCCGCCACUGCUUGUCACUUGAUGUUGGGCGUCUGGACGUUUAGGGAAGGGUAA